AUGGGCCACAGCAAGAUGCUGAACACCUUCGAGGUGUCCUUGGACCAAGGAAAGCCAGUGCUGAUCGAGAACAUGGGCGAAGGAAUCGACGCUGUGAUCAUGCCCGUUGUGUCCCGCAACACCAUCAAGCGCGGAAACAAGAGGCUGGUGAAGCUCGGGGACAAGGAGAUCACUUUGAGCAACAACUUCAAGCUCUUCAUGCAGACGAAGUUGUCGAAUCCGCACUACCCACCUGAGAUCCAGGCCGAGUGUACCAUCAUCAAUUUCACCGUCACAGAGGAUGGUCUUGAGGACCAGCUGCUGUUCCUGGUGGUGAAGCUGGAGAGGCCGGACCUGGCCAAGAAGAAGGCGGAGCUCAUCCAACAGCAGAAUGAGUUCAAGGUCACCCUGGCUCACCUGGAGGCAUUGCUCUUGGAGAAGCUGGCCAAUGCCGAAGGUGACAUCCUUGAUGACACAGAGCUCAUCCUCUCCCUGGAGGAGGCCAAGAAGACCAGUGAUGAGGUCAAGGAGAAGGUGGUGGUCGCCCAGGACACGGAGCUCAAGAUCAACGAGACCUCUGAGUUCUAUCGUCCAACAGGUGCACGAGGAGCACUCCUGUUCUUCCAGCUGAUGAGCCUUUGUAACAUGCACACCUUCUACAAGUACUCCUUGGAUGCUUAUCUUAUGGUCGUGACGCGCGCCGUGAACAGCGUCACCUUGCGGAAGCCAAAGGAGAAGAAAGUGGAAGAGAAGGUUGAGGAAACGCCCGCCGAGGAAGAAGGUGGCGAUGAGGAAGAAGGCGAAGAAGACGAGGAGGGCGCCGAGGUCGAGGAGGCUCCUCCUGAGGAAGAGGAGGAAGAGAUCAUCGAGCUGACCGGAAAGGAUCUCAAGCUGCGCGUGGAUCUGCUGUGCAACAUCAUCACCUUCUUCGUGUGGAACUACACGCGUCGAGGUCUCCUGGAUUCCGACAAACUGACAGUGGUGAGUAUGAUGGCCAUGAACAUCCUCGUGCGAGCUGGCAAAAUCACCACCGAGGAGAAGGAGACACUGAUUCGAUGCCCUCCAGAUCCGAAUCCCCCGGCCAUGCCGGAGAACGCCAGGAGCUGGCUCUCCGAGACUCAGUGGGCCCAGCUGAAGACCCUGGAGAACAUGGAGGCUUUCAAGAAGGGAGGCCAGUUGACACAGAACAUCGAGCAGGACUCACUGGGAUGGAAGCGCUGGUACAGCGAGGAGAAGGCCGAGAAUGCUGACCUUCCCCGCAGCGCACGCGAUCUGACAAAGGCCAUGCACCAGAUGCUACAUGAUGGCAGCGUGAGUAAUUGCAAGUACUUUUUUGGGCCCCGGCAGUGUGGCAGUUUCAGCAAGCUGGGUAUCGGUGCGGCCCUGUCGCAGUUCGUCAUCGACAACCUGGGCGUGGACCCAACGCCGACGAUCGAAGCUUUGGGGCGAAAGUUGGGCAAGACGGAGGAGAUCAAAGACUUCAUCAAGAGCAUCCAGUUCAAAAACGAGAAGAUCGCUCUGAAUGCCAUCAACAAGAUGGCGAAGGAAGGCGCGCUGGGGCCUUCGGUGCGGUAUCGCAUAUCGGCUUGGCUGAAGGACCUCGAGCGAGCCUUGGAGGUCAUCGAGGAGUUCGCUCACGAGGACUUCCGCUGCUUCCUCACCUCCGAGCCGCCUGGAGCCAUGCAGGGAAAACUCUGGGCACCUCGGAUGGCAGAGGACCUUAUCCCGGAGCCAAUUCUGCAGAGGCCGACGCCGGGGGCUGCAGAGCGCUGGUAUUUCUUCAUGGACUUAGUGUUGGGGUGCAUCAAGGUGGCCGACGAGGCGCCGUCGGAUCUGAAGUCCAACCUCCGCCGCGCCUACUCCAAGUUCACCCAGGAGAACAUUGACGCUUGCAUGAAGCCCCGCGAGUUUAAGGCAACGCUCUUUGCGCUCUGCUUCUUCCAUUCCCUGAUCUCAGGACGCAUUAAAUUCGGCGCCCAGGGUUGGUCGAAGAAGUAUCCGUUCAACGAUGGAGACCUGACGAUCUGCGGAACGGUGCUGAAGAACUACCUGAACAAUGCAGAGAACCUGGGAACCGAGGUUCCGUGGCCCGACCUCCGGUACAUUUUCGGCGAGAUCAUGUACGGCGGCCAUAUCACCGACCCGUGGGACCGACGGGUGAACAACACCUACUUGGCAGUGCUUGUCACGCCAGAGCUGUUGGCCGGCGGCAACCUGGCGCCCGGCUUCAAGUCACCCGAUGCCAGCAAGCUUGAGUAUUCGCAUUACGUCAAGUACAUCGAGGAGCGAUUCCCCCUGGAGGUGCCGCAGAUGUUCGGACUGCACCCCAACGCCGAGAUCGGAUUCCUGACGAAUCAGGGCAUCAGCAUCUUCAAGACGAUUCAAGAGAUCACCGGCGGAGGUGGAGGUGGCGGCUCCGGCGACAUCUCCAUGGCCCAGCCGAUCAUCACGAACUACCUCGGGAAGCUCCCAACGAACCUCGACAUGAUUGACAUCCGAGGCCGGCUGAAGGAAGAAGACUACACUCCCUUCGUCAUGGUCUCGCUGCAGGAGGCCGACCGCGUGAAUGGCCUGCUGGAUCAGAUCCGAGGGUCAAUGCUCGAGCUGGAGUUGGGUAUCAGUGGUGCCCUGAACGUCACAGAGAGGAUGGAGGCACUGAGCGCAGACCUCCAGAGCAACAAGGUGAAUGCCGGCUGGGCCGAGAAGGCGUACCCCUCGCUGAAAGCUUUGAGCGCCUGGUUUGAUGACUUCGUGCAGCGCCACGAGCAAGUGGUAGAUUGGACAGCGCAGUUGAAGCUCCUGAAGUCCGUUUGGAUCAGUGGCCUUUUCAACUCCAUGUCCUUCCUGACCUCCAACAUGCAGGUCGCGGCUCGAAGCAACAACCUGCCGCUGGAUUACAUGACGAACAGGUGCCGCUUCUACAACAUCCGCGACUUGGCGGAGAUCACCGGCGUCCCGGCACAGGGCGUGAACGUGCACGGCCUGUUCUUAGAGGGCGCGGGCUGGGAAGACGGCAAGGGCGAGGAUGAGGGCUACAUCACGGAAAGCAAGAUGAAAGAUCUGCAUCCGACAAUGCCGAUUUGCAACAUCUUCGCCGUGCACAUCAGCGAGAUGGAUUGGAACGCGAUGUACCACUGCCCCGUGUUCUCGACGUCGCUUCGUGGGGCAACUUUCAUCUUCCAAGCCAACGUGCGCAUGGACCCAGACGACAACGAAUACCGUUGGGUCCUCGCAGGCGCUGCGAUGCUGACCCAGGCAGACUAG